AAACACCAUAAUAAUUAGGAACUAGGAAGGCUAAUUAAAAGCUUAGGGUCGUACUUAUAAGCACAUAAUAUUGGAUUAGUAUAAAUGCGGAAAACAGAGUUGUAGUAGUUCCACGGAGUAUCCUGAUUUUGUUAUACUUUAGUUUCCAUUUUGCGUACAAGGGGCGUAGCACCAAUUCCAUCUCUCCAGGGCGGUGGUUACCUUAGUCCUCGGCGGAGCACCACACCGCGGGGGUCUCUUCCUCCUCCUCCUCUUCUUCUUCUUCUUCUUCUUCUUCGUCCUCGUCCUCUUCGCCGGAGAUGGCCGACGACGGCGGCGGAGGCGGCGGCGGAGGAGGGGCGGCGGAGGCGUAUCGGAGCUACAAGGCGCUGGUGGAGAGCGCGGAUCGGAAGUUCGCGCGGGUGCGGGACCUGCCCCCGUACGGGCGCGGCGCCCACCACCUGCUCUACUACCGGAAGGUGUUCAAGGCGUACACGCGGCUGUGGCGGUUCCAGCAGGAGCGGCGCCGCGAGCUCGUCGCGGCGGGGCUGCGGCGGUGGGAGAUCGGCGAGAUCGCGUCACGGAUCGGGCAGCUGUACUACGGGCAGUACAUGCGCACCAGCGAGGCGCGGUUCCUCCUCGGGGCGUACGUGUUCUACGAGGCGAUCCUCAACAGGGGCUACUUCGACGCCGCCGCGCGGGGGGAAACGCCGUCGCCGCGGCAGCGCCCCGAUCUAGGGCUCCGGUACAAGGAGCUGCGGUUCCACGCCAGGUUCCUGAUCGUCGCCAUGCUUCUGAACCGCGCCGAGGCGGUGAGGCACCUCGCCGAGCGGUUCCGAGCGCUCUUGGAAGAGUCCAAGGCCGCUUACCCGGAGACCAACUUUAAAGAAUGGAAGCAAGUGCUGCAAGAAAUCACAAGGUUCUUGAAAGCAGACAGAGCUUUUACAAAUUCCAGGCCUUUGAGAUACAAUGUGUUGUUUGAUUCUCAUCCAUCUUCGCUUCCAUAUAUUGCACGGUUACAUUCGAGGAGGGUGUUGAGGCUUCAGGAUGCUCUGUUGACAAGUUAUCGGCGAAAUGAGGUCAAGUUUACAGAGCUUACUUUAGAUACAUUCAGAAUGUUGCAGUGUUUGGAAUGGGAACCCAGUGGAUCUUUCUGCCAAACUCCUACAAAAGAGACUGCUGAAAAUGGUGGUUUCACUGAUGAGAGUGGAGCAUCUGGACUGAUUGAUAUAAAUCUUGCUGCGGCUGAUAUGACAGAUCCAAAUCUGCCUUCGAAUCCUCGAAAGGCUAUUAUUUAUCACCCUUCUAUCUCUCAUCUAAUUGCGGUCAUUGCAACAAUUUGUGAGGAGCUCUCUUCAGAUGGUGUUUUACUAAUAUAUAUAUCAGCAUCAGGAAAAGCUGAUCACUCUCUUGGUGGUAAACCAAAUACAAAUGUCUCUUCAGAAAGUUAUCUAUAUCUAGGUUCUCGAGGAAAUGGAGGGUUGAACAACCUCUAUCCCGAAGAUCUGAUUCCUUUUACUCGAAGUCCGCUUUUCCUUAUUAUCGAUAGUGACAAUAGCCAAGCAUUCAAGGCCAUACAUGGUGCUGAAAAGGGGGAAACAGCUGCUUUGCUUCUUUCUCCUGGGAGAACAAUAACGUCUACUGCAGAUUGUGCUAAUAAUGGAAGCCAAUUUACGUACUUCCUAACUGCUCCACUGCAAGCAUUCUGCCAAUUAGUUGGCUUCUCUUCAGAUAUAGAAGCUAAUGUAUAUAGCAGUGCCGAGACGAUACUCUCAUCCGCUUUGGCUGAAUGGGAAGUCGUACUGUGCACAUCAGAUGAUCUGAACCUGGUCUGGGGACAAGUUUUACCUGAUCCAUUUCUGAGACGCCUAAUUCUUAGGUUCAUAUUCUGCCGAGCUGUGCUUUCUCUCUUCUGCUUUCAAGAGGGUAUUCAACAUCUGCCCGAUUGCUUACCGAGCCUUCCAGAAACAGUCUCUCCAAAUUCUGCAGUAAUUCAGACCAACAUCCUUUUGCUUACAGAAAAACUUGGGGUCGCCAACCGUUUUAACUUUCGAGAUAUUGUCCGCGACUAUACAAGGAACAGAUGAUUUGGAAUUCGUAUGUGCAAUCUUCUGUAGAUAGAAUCGCAGUAAAUAGACCCCCACUAUUUGUUGAUUGUUUUGUGUCGAUACGCGGGAUCAUGGACUCUGCUGCGAGCUGUGCUUAGUUAGAGGCAAACCAGCGAGCAGAUUCGGGAAAUAGAGUUGGUAUGUAUCAUCAGAGUAUGUUCGUAGUAUUUAUCGAAUUGUAGGGAGUCUAUGAUUUUUAUUGUUGAUAAAAGGAAACAGUAAAAGAGGCUAAAAAUAGACGUUUUUGUCUGUCCUGUAAUGAGCUACUUUUCCGGGGAGAGAUGAUUUCAGUUUUUUAAGGA